AGCUCCGCGGGGAGGAGGCGGAGGGGGAGGAGGCGGCGCGGCGAGCGUUAAAAGGAGGCAGCUGAAUGACAGCGGCUGCUCCCCGCGCCCCCACCCCGCCGCAGGACCGGCUGCUCGGUGCCGCCGCCGCCCACCCCCAAUCGCUCACUCACUGCCGGCCAUGGAAGCGAGAGAGGACGCGGAGUGCGACUGCCAGGCGGCGUUCGCCGAAGCUCAGCGAUGGGUAGAGACAGUUACUGGGAAAAGCUUUGGAACCAAAGACUUUCGAGCAGCUCUAGAAAAUGGAGUCCUGUUGUGCGAUUUGAUUAACAAGAUCAAACCUGGCAUCAUUAAGAAGAUCAAUCGUCUGUCAACUCCAAUCGCCGGCUUGGAUAAUAUAAAUGUUUUUCUGAAAGCGUGUGAAAAUAUUGGACUGAAAGAAGCUCAGCUUUUUCACCCAGGAGAUCUUCAGGAUUUGUCCAAUCGAGUUACAGUCAAACCGGAGGAGACCAACAGAAGAGUGAAAAAUGUUUUGAUUACACUGUACUGGCUUGGAAGAAAAGCUCAAAGUAACCCUCAUUAUAAUGGUCCAUACCUCAAUCUUAAAGCAUUUGAGAAGUUAUUAGGGCAAGCAUUGACUAAGGCACUUGAAGAGUCCAGCCACCUGAACAGAAGUGGCAGGGAUAGUGGGUACGGUGAUAUUUGGUACGUUGACCGGGGAGAGCCCUUUUCAUCUUCUACUAGUCAUAAAAGAGACGAUUCCUUCGAUAGCUUGGACUCUCUUGGUUCAAGAUCCUCCACAAGCUUUUCAUCAGAUAUAACCUUGAAAGGUGGCAGUGAAGGUUGUGACAGUGACACAGACUCGGAACUGCCUUUCAAAAUGCACGACUCCCAUAAAGAUGACAGGUCUUACCGUAGGAUCUCUGUGAUUGAACCGAAACCUACUGCUGACUUCAAUCGCUUCUUACCCAACAAAAACAAGCAGGCGACGUAUGUGCCGGCGCCCUUAAGGAAGAAGAGGACAGAGAAGAAUGAGGACAACAGGAGGAGCUGGGCAAGUCCAGCCUUCACUGAGUCAGAUGGAACAUUUUCAAGUGGACGUGAAAUGAAUCCCGUAGCUUCCUGCCAAAAUAGCAGAGCAGAGCGUGGGCUCACAAAUCCAGCUUCCCUCCAGAUGAUCUAUGAGUAUGACAGUGGCUCUGAUUCAGAAGAUGAAAGAAGGCUGCCCGACUUGGUUAUGGAUGACUUAGCAAAUCGUAGAUUUCUAGUCAAAAAGAGCCCUGUAAGCUCUGCUGCACCUGGACAUCAUUUCGUGUUGCGCAAUGACUCUCCUAAAUCUUGCUCACAAGAAAGUUAUCCAGCUGGUCCACUAGCUGCAAUGCUUGAACCACAGAGUAACCGGAGGAGGCAGAGGCAGUUGGAUACUAAAGAGGAAAACAAACCAAGAGUUAACGUAUCUUCAGAACUAUCUGGGUAUUUUGAUGAGGACGAGGAAGAAGAAAUAGGCAUCCCAAACAUUGAAAGAGAUGAUCUCUAUUUUCGCAAGCUAAGUUCUUCAGCGGCAAAUACAGGUGUUGCUUUUGACAAAUUUCUUCCUAAGUUUUGGACUCCAGAAGAAGAAUUGCUAUGGAAAAAAAUCAGGAAAUCCUCUUUCAAACCCUGGUAUAAAGAGAUUCAAGGGUUCAGCAGAAAGAAAUCAGAUUCUGAGGAUUGGGAAUUCGCUUACAAGCAAAGCUCUGCCAUUGUUGCUAAUCAACCAAGACCAAAUUUUGACUGGAAUAGCAGUUGCAGAAGGGAUCAGAACUAUAAGCCAACUACUGAAUAUGUGGGAAGCUCAUUGUCACAGAUUGCAGAAGGAAAAAUCUUGGAGGCCUCUGAUCAGCCCAGUCAGUUUUCGUUACUUCAGGCCCUGCAAAAAUACUCUGACUACUUGUCUUCUGAAACGAAGACCAAAAUUGAUCCUACUUCUGGCCCUAGGCUCAUAAAAUGUAAAAAGAAUAUUUCAUUUGUACCAGGAUGCCAGCAAGGAGAUACAGAAAAUGGAUAUCUGUAUCCAGAUUUAGAAAAUGAUGACUUGUUUGUUCGGAAAACUGGGGCUUUCCAUGUGAAUCAAGUUGUUUUGCAAGAUCCCCGGUAUUUAAGAAAAUUCUCUGACCGGGAGCCUCUCCUAGAAGGUGAGAUCAUUCUGCAACCCAGAGAGGGCCAGCCUGUAAUUCCAGAUUUGGAAAAGGAUGACAUGAUUUUCCGUAAAAUCCUCUCUCAGAAAAAAGAGGUGCCUUUAUCAGGUGCUCCAGACAAGUAUCACCCGGCACUCUUUCCUGAUCCGUGGAGUCUUCCGGAGGAGGUCCGGUCCAAAUUUCUGUGUUUACUUGAAAAAAACACAACACCAGAGGAAAGGAAGAGCAAUGGCAGAGUGCUGUCACCAUCUUCCCGUCAUAAGAAGGACGAUAUGCUGACCCGCAAGAUUGACUCUUGGAAGGUGGGAAGCAACGUCCAGCCAGUAAAUUUCAUCCCGGGUCCGUGCAGUGAAGACGACUGGAAGAAGUGGGAAGCGAUCAGGGAGGCCAGCAAAGUUAGACACAAGAAACGGCAGCUGGUGGAGAGACUGCUUCAAAAGCUUUCUGAUGAGCAAGGGAGUAAAUCUUUGAAUGAUGUCAGCGUGGAGGAGAUGCAGUCAUUGCGCAAAAUCCGUUAUGAAGAGCUACAGAAGAUAAAGGAACAGUUACAUGAACAAGAUAUGAAGUGGCAAGAAGAUCUAGCAAAAUGGAAGAAUCGUAGAAAGAGCUUCACUUCUGAAUUGCAAAAGAAAAAGGAAGAGAGAGAAGAAAUAGAAAGGAGAGCCUCUGAGGUUUCUGGAAGGAGGACUAAGUCACUGAAAGAAAUGCAUCAGGAGAGGGAGGACAAAGACGAAGACUUCUAUGGGCAACGAAAAUAUGAACACAAGUGGACGUAUUCACUGAACGAUGACGUGUUUAGUGAAGAAAAAGCACCUUCCACAAGGUUGGCAGCAAAAGAUUACCUUUUGGAAGAAGAUAGCUCCUACAAGACUAAGGAUGGCGAAAGUGUGUAUGCCGCACAACCGCGCAAGGAGAACCUGACAGAGAGCUCGGCCGCUCGUGAUGCUCCCGCUCCGCCAAAGGGCCUGGCAGAGGAGCAGAGCUCGGCUCUUUUGUCUACCCGCUACUCAGUGAAUGCUCAAACUGGGUCAGCUCAGGUUUCAGCUUCUCUCCCGAGAAGCUACCAGAAAGCUGAUACCUCUAGGUUAACAUCUGUGGUUACACCAAGACCUUUUGGAGUCCAGUCAAGAGGAAUCUCGUCACUUCCACGGUCGUUCACGAUGGAUGAUGCCCAGAAAUACAACGGAGAAGUAGAAAAAGCUAAAAGAACUCAAACUUUGUUCACCAGCAGUUCGUUUUCACAACCAGACUCCGCACAGCCUCUCUCCACUAGUGCAUUCAGAAGCAGAGGUGAGGAGGAGGAGGAGGAAAAAGAAAGUGUUCAGUCAAUACCUCCUCCUAGUUUGGCAUUACCUGUAAAAUCCCAAGACCAAGAUGCUGGAAGCAGUAUUCUUAAACCAGAGUAUUGCUCUCCUUCUGAUUCUCUUUCACUUGCAUCUUCUGCAGAAAAUGUGAGUCUGCCAGAGCCUGAGGAUUCAAAAUCCCUGGAACAGUACAGUGAAUUGAGAAUCAGUAUAAACCAGAGACCUGGCCACAGUCGCAGCUUUGGGUUUACAACAAAUUGGAGUUCUUCAGGGGCCUUUGUACAGACAGUUGAAGAAGGUAGCCCUGCAGCACUUUGUCAGCUGCAUGUAGAUGAUGAGAUCAUUGCUAUUAAUGGCACAAAGGUUUCACGUAUGGACUACAGUCAGUGGGAAGAAGCCAUCAGCAGAGCACUAGAAACUGGAAACCUGGUCAUGGAUGUCAGACGAUAUGGAAAGAAUGAUUGGGGCAAAGACCUGCCUUCCCUGCCACAUGUAAGGCAUAAAAUCCUCAAUCUCACCAGUAUGGCUACCAACAUUAUAGGUACAUCUGAAAAUAAAUGGAUUGAUGCAACUACUGGAGAACACAUUUCAAAUGUUUCCACCACAUCAACAAAAAGAGAUUUCUCCAGCAACCUUCAAAGUUCUGAUACAGAAACAAAGUUGAUAAAUGGAAUGCAGGGAAAUCUUGGCUCUAGCGAACAAAGAGCAUCUGAACCUAUUUCUUUGAAAAACUUAAAAAGACGGUCACAAUUUUUUGAACAAGGGUCAUCAGGUUAUUCUUACAAUUCAUGGGUCUACCUUUGUGGAGGCCCAGAGCCUGCAAUGCCUGAUCUUCCAGUCCCAUCCAUUAGUGCUCCUAGUCGUCGGGUUUGGGAUCAAGAGGAAGAACGAAAACGACAGGAAAAAUGGCAGAAAGAGCAGGACCGUUUAUUGCAGGAGAAAUACAAACGGGAACAAGAAAAACUGAGGGAAGAAUGGCUACGAGCUAAGCAAGAAGCAGAAAAAGAGAGCUCAAAGUAUUUUGAUGAGGAGCAGACUGUUCUAACCUUGAACACAACAUCUGUCCCUGCACGGGCUUCAUCUGUGUCCAGCUGGAGGGCAAGCCCCGAAGCAAGGACUCCUGAGGAGCCAGAAGGAGAUGGUGGAAGCAACCUGGCAGACCGCUUGCUGGGUGAGGAAGAAGAAAGGAGGAGGCUUCAGGAGGAACGGAGGAUCCAGGAAGAAGCAGCUGUGCAUUUUGAGCGAGAAAGGGAACUCCAAGAGCUGGAACUCGAGAGACAACGCAAAGAGAGGGAACAGCAACGUGCUGAGGAGCAGAGGCGGCGUGCAGAGAUGGAGGAGCAGAGGCGGCAGGCCGAAAGGCAGAGGGAGGUGUCGGUGGAGAUGCCUCAGUACCAAAGACAUUAUGAGCGCUACGAAGUAUCUAAAACAAUAGAGGAUCGAGCUGGCUAUCCUCUCAUUGACAGGCAUUAUGAGCGUUAUGAAGUUUCUAAAACCAUUGAGGAACCUGGCCAGUCGUUUGCUGACAGGAACAAGUCCAAGUCAACUUCUGAACUGAAUGAAUUCAACACAAUCAGAAAUGGUACUCAGAGCAAGUAUUCAGAGAGGUCCUGGAACACAAGUGACUCACAGAAGAAGCCUCAGAAGGAGCAAAACCUGUCUGCAGCAGAGCUGGAGAGACAGCAAAUCCUUCAGGAAAUGAGGAAGAAAACAUCUCUACACACGGACAGCAGCUGGAUUAGGCAACGCAGUUCCAGUAUACAUAAAGAGCCUGUUAGUCUGUACAGCAAUAGUAUGAGAAGAGGGGAGUCUUUGGACAAUCUUGAUUCUUCAAGAACCAGCUCGUGGAGGCACCAUUCACGGCUGAACCAGUCUGCCUCCUCUUCAUCUCUGUCCUCUAGUCAAGAUUCCAGUCGCCCAGUGUCCACUUCAAACCGAGCCUACAUGUGCACUCCUUCCUCCAGCAAAGCAUCUCCUGCAGCCACCUCUCCGAGAGCCCCCUCCGUGCCCCAGGCAGCCCCCCGGGCUCAGUCUCCCCUCUCUGCUACCCAGCCAGGGUCCCAGACACGCAGCAGGUCAGUCAGUGGGAAGAAAAUCUGUUCAUACUGUAAUAACGUUCUGGGCAAAGGAGCAGCCAUGAUCAUUGAGUCUCUUGGUCUUUGUUAUCAUUUACAUUGCUUUAAGUGUGUUGCCUGUGAAUGCGACCUUGGGGGAUCCCGCUCUGGAGCUGAAGUCAGGAUCCGAAACAACAAACUCUUCUGCAACGACUGCUAUAUCAGAUUUAAAAGUACAAGUUCAGGAGGAAUUGAUAUACUUACAGAUCUUAAUUAAAAGCUGGACAGCCAACCUCCAUGUGAAGCAAAUGAAGACAUGAAACCACUGUUGCAGAUAAAAGAAGAGGUGAUUGCUGCUGAUGUAGAUCUAUAAAUAUAUAUAUUGUGUGUAUGUGUGUUUUUUCUAAGAGUAACUCUUGCUUGUCUAGUCUUUAUAGCAAUGCAUUGUAUUCUUCAUAUAACUAUUUUUAUUUAUAAGAAAGUAAUUGCAGUAAGGAAAUAUCUGGGGAAAAUGCUUUCACUUUUUCAGCUUCAAGUACUGAGAGCACAAGGGAGAAUAAGUAUAUUUUCAGUAAUAACUUCAAAAUAUUUUUGAGGCUUAUAAUCAACUAGUUGACUUUCCAAUCAUAUAUGAAGAGGGUAUUUUGUUUCUAAGCUCUUGAAAUGAGCAUUAGGGAAAUAGUUAAUAUAAAUAUAUAUUUGCAAUUGCUGUCUUUGACAUAUACUGAAAGUGAAUUCUCUAGAUUAAUAUGAAGCUGCAUUUAAAUGCACACAAAUGUGUUUGCUUUCCAUAUGCUGGUUUCUAAAAUUAUGUGCUUUUUUGAAACUUAAAUACAAAGAAUAAUCUGUUUGCUCAGUGGUGUUGUCAUAGUAUUCUGUGGAAUCCAUUUAAGGGGAAGAGUUCUCUUUUCCCACUUGAAAAUGUAACUACCAUUUUUUCCUCCACAAACUGAGUGGAGAAUUGUUGUUGAAUUACAGUACAUUUGUAAAUAAAAUUUCUGAUGUUGCAUUUA